AUGAAAGUUAACACUUUAAGUAACAUUUUUAACCUGUACGAGAAGGCCGCGCCGAAGAAAAAAUGGCCCCUUCUGUUGACACUGAUCACCCUGCUGGCCGCGGCAUCAGGCCGUGUAAAUGGAUCCGCAUUUAAUUUCCCAAAAGAGUCAGUAAUAAAUGAACAUAACAGUUUUGAUCCUCCCCAAGAUGAAUUUAUUUACCCCGAGAAUGAUCCUUAUGAAGACAGUGGCUAUGGAUUGGGUGGAAUGAAAUUAAAAUUUGAACUUCUCGAUGAAAUGAACAACGCCUUUUUUAUGAAGAAUAGCAAAAAAAUUAAUAUGAUUCAAUUUCCUGCCAAUAAUCCAAUACAGGAUAGAUGUUUUGUUUACGAAAUUGAUAUGAGUAAUGACGUGUUAGAACCUAUUGGUAGUUUCCAAAGGAUAAAAGACAAAGAGGAUAAGCAUUUUAUUAAAGCCUUUGAAAAGAGUGCAAUUAAAUAUGUGAACGAUAUUGACUUUCCCUCCGGCCAUAAUUAUUAUGCACAUAUGAGCAACACGGCCAUAGAAAGAGGCAAAGGAAAAAGCACAAAGAAGGGGUGGGUCCACAGUGAGAUCACCAUCCAUGGGACCACCAAUGGGUCGUCCAUUGGGUUCGUCAAUGGGUCUUCCAAUGGGUUCAUCAUUGGGUCCUUCAAUGGGGCCACCAAUGGGUCCUUCAAUGGGACCACCAAUGGGGCAACCGAUGGGUCCUUCAAUGGGGCAACCAUUGGGGCAACCAUUGGGACGACACAAUCUUUCGCGGAAACAAAGGCAACCGAAAAAACUGUAGAUCCAACAACUGAUUCGAUGGAUACGGAUGAUGGAGAGAGCUUAACAGAGGAAGCGGUCGAACCGAUGGAUGUGGAUCCUGAAGUAAACGUACCAGAGGAAGAGUUGGUGACGAUGGAUGUGGAUGCUGGAGAGAACUUAACAGAGGAAGCAUUGGAGCCGAUGGAUGUGGAUGCUGGAGAGAACUUAACAGAGGAAACAGCAGAAAAGGUGUCAGAUGAGACAACCCCCGAUGUGACAGACGAGGCAACCGAGAGCACCUUCGACGAAGUGAUCGAAAAUGUGGAACUUCCAGCAGGGGAAAAUGCAGAAGAUGCAGCGGUGGAAAGUGCAGAAGAUGCAGCGAUGGAAAGUGCAGGAGAAGUAGCUGCGGAGAGUGCAGGAGACGUAGCUGCGGAGAGUGCAGAAGAAGUAGCUGCGGAGAGUGCAGAAGCACCAGUCGCAGAAGAUGCCGCAACAGAGGCAUCCCCGUCGACCACAGAAGCUGCUAACACGGAAGCCCAAACAGGAGAAGGUAGCAACACAGAAAACGCUGCUGAUGAAAGCGGAAAAACUACUGAUGAGGAGGCCCCAAUGGACACUGAAGAAGCCAUUGCAGGUCCAUCGACAAUGGAACCAAGCGAUUUCCUAAACAGACAAGAAAUAUCGAAUAACGUAUUUGAAAGGUAUAGCCAAUACUAUGACGAAAUGAAAGCCUUUAAUGAGUCAUUCCUAUUCGCCGCAGUGAUAGAUGGUCAUGGAGGAGAAGUAAUCGCAGACAUAGUGAAGAGAUGGCUAGGAUUCUACGUGAAGAAGCAAUUAAUGGAAAAGUUAAGAAAUAAUGAUCACCAAAUUUUGACCCCAAGUGAUAUAGUAGCAAGUCUGGAGGAAGCCCAUAUUCAACUAGACAAUGACAUUUUAAAAAAAGCAAAAGAAUUUUUUUUUAAGGGAAAUGCCAAGUACACAAGAAAUGGUUCCUGCUCAAUCAGUCUCCUCAUGGAUAAAAAUUAUUACUAUGUUAGCAAUAUAGGAGAUUCCAAAGGAUUGUUAAUAAAAAAAGAUUCCAUUGUUAGGUUAAAUAAUAUACAAAAUGCUGGUGAAUUAACGGAAAGAAUGAGAUUAGUUCAGGAACAUCCAAACGAAGUAGAUGUAGUUAUGUGUAAAAGGUCAUCAAAAAAUGGAAGUUCGAAACCGUUAGGAAUCUUUAGCCUAACUGAACAACAUUCCCAAUUUCAGAUGUUUGAUGUUGGACGUUGUUAUGUGAAAGGACGAUUACAAUGCACAAGAAGUUUUGGAGAUUUUUAUUUGAAGCAUAAAAUUUUUGCAUUUGAUUAUAGAAAAAAUAAAUUCCUCGUUAAGGAGCCACACUCCUUUCCCUACAUCUCAGCCAUUCCUGAAGUACUUAAAAUAAGGAGAAGUCAAGAUGAUGAAUUCGUUCUGUUGGUAUCCGAUGGAAUUUCGGAUCACUUAAGUGACAAAGAAAUAUACGACAUCGUGAAACAGUACAGCUAUUCUGUGAAGAAAAUGUCCAGAAUUCUCAUUCAGACUGUCUUAAUAAAGGCCGCCAUGCACGUGAAUGUCUCCGCCAAGGAGAUGUUGACUAUGGUGCCCCCCGAUAGGAGAAGAAAGCUCUUCGACGACAUGUCGGUGGUUGUCAUUAAGUUGAACUGA